AUGCCCCCACACGAUGCCAAGUUCGCCGUCGACUCACCGAGAGUGGGCAUGCUGAGCGACGUCCCUGAGGAGAACGCUCCCGGUGUAACGGGACGCGCCAGUCCGCGCUCGCCUUACUUCCAUGCAGCCCUUUCCGGCUCCACCUCAACUUUUAAAGCGUCGGCGAGCUCGAGUAGCCUUGCUAGCACCUCCAUCACCUCCAUCACCUCACCACCUCGGCCACCCGCAGGCCCGCGGACCCCCGUGCCCUCCAUCGCCCGUCCUGCCCCACGGUCUAUAAGCGAGGUAAGCAUAAGUUCAGCGAUAGGCCGGACUCCCUCCGGGACACGAACGCGCCCCGGCUCGCCGUCGACUCUCAAGGAGAAGGAUCGGGACCGGGAUAGUAGGGAUAGAGAGAAGGACAGAGACAAGGAGAAGGAGAAGGGCAAGGAAAAGGACAAAGAAAAUGAGCAGGACGGGGACCGGGAUCGUGAGCGCGAGAGAACAGGCAAAGGCCCUAAGGCAGCGUCGACCAAUGGGCAGCCAGCCCAGCGCAUACGGAAUACACCCCACCUGCCGCACGCGAAGGACGCCGAGGUCGCACCUGCGACCUUGAUGUACUGGAGCCGCGCGCCAGUGUACGGCCUGUUGCCGCCACACGGCCUUCGAGCACACAGCGUGACAAUGGUCGAUACGACUGCUUGGAUGUUUGGCGGAUGUGACGAUAAGGGAUGCUGGCGGGAUAUCUACCACUUCAACACAGAAACGAUGCAGUGGGCGCACCCCGAGGUCCUCGGCGAAAUCCCUCCGCCAUGCCGUGCGCACACGGCGACGCUGACGGACCGCCGCAUUGUCGUUUUUGGUGGUGGGGAAGGGCCGGUGUACUACAACGACGCCUACCUCCUCGACACGACCCUACGGCGCUGGACACACCUCGUAUUCCCCGAAGGCUCGCCCAUACCCCCACCCCGCCGUGCACAUACGGCUGUCUUUUACAAGCAUAAAGUAUGGGUAUUCGGCGGCGGGAACGGAAUGGAGGCGCUCAACGAUGUGUGGACGUUGGAUGUCAGUGUUCCUACAGAUAAGAUGCGGUGGGAGAUGAUGGAGACGCGAGGCAAGCCGCCAACACCCCGCGGCUACCAUACGGCCAACCUCGUAGGCAGCGUGAUGGUAGUAGUAGGUGGCAGUGAUGGGAGGGAGUGCUUUUCGGAUGUGUGGUGCCUCAAUUUGGACACACUGGUCUGGAGUCAGGUCAAGCUGGACAUUUCAUACCGACGGUUGUCGCAUACUGCGACGCAGGUUGGGUCAUAUCUGUUCAUCAUGGGUGGCCACGAUGGAAGCCAAUACACGUCAGAGCUACUGCUGUUCAACCUGGUUUCUCUGAAUUACGAGCCACGUCAGAUUGCAGGGAAGCCGCCUGCGCCUCGGGGGUACCACGUCUCAUUCCUCGCCGACAGCCGGCUCUUCAUCUUUGGCGGGUUCAACGGGAACGUAGUCUACGACGACGUGCACCUGCUCGACCUGGCGGGCGCGGCGUAUCUACCGCAGGUAACGAGCUUCCGGAUCGACGUAGAGUGA